UUUAAAGGCCGCUCACAGCUGCUCUGGGGGGCGGAGUGUCCGGAGGGUGCUGCGCCGAUCGGGGCGCUCGAUCGGUGGAAGAGAGAUGGAGUGCUUGUUGGAGGCCCCUCUCCGCAUCAGCGUGCUCUCUGAAGUCACCGCCACCAGCCGCCAUUAUGUCGACAGGCUGUUCGACCCCGACCCACAGAAAGUGCUGCAGGGAGUCAUUGACAUGAAGAACGCCGUCAUCGGAAACAACAAGCAGAAGGCCAACCUGAUCGUCCUGGGAGCCGUGCCCAGGCUGCUGUACCUGCUGCAGCAGAGCUCGUCCAGCCUGGAGCUGAGGACAGAGUGCGCCGUGGUGCUGGGCAGCCUCGCCAUGGGCACGGAGAACAACAUCAAGUCUCUGGUGGACUGCCACAUCAUCCCCGCUCUCCUUCAAGGUCUUUUGUCUCCAGACCUGAUCUUCAUCGAAGCCUGUCUGCGCUGCCUCAGGACGGUCUUCAUCAGCCCCGUCACCCCGGUGCAGCUGCUCUACACUGACCCCACUGUGAUCCCCCACCUCAUGUCUCUCCUGAGCAGCUCACAGCGAACGCAGGAGUACAUCACACAGAUCUUCUCCCACUGUUGUAAGACGCCGGAGCACCAGACGGUCCUCUUCAACCACGGCGCCAUCCAGAACAUCGCCCCCCUGCUCAUUUCUCCCUCUUAUAAGGUCCGGAUGCAGGCGUUAAAGUGUUUCUCCGUCCUGGCCUAUGAGAACACUCAGGUCUCCAUGACACUAGUGAAUGUGCUGGUGGAUGGCGAGCUGCUCUCUCAGGUAUUUGUCAAAAUGAUGCAAAGGGAUCAACCCAUUGAAAUGCAGCUAACAGCAGCCAAAUGUUUAACUUACAUGUGUCGAGCGGGCGCCAUCAGGACGGACGACAGCUGCAUUGUGCUAAAGACCCUGCCGUGCCUGGUGCGGAUGUGCAGUAAGGAGCACCUGCUGGAGGAGCGGGUGGAGGGCGCCGAGACGCUGGCCUACCUGAUGGAGCCCGACGUGGAGCUGCAGAGGAUCGCCAGCACCACCGACCACCUGGUGGCCAUGCUGGCCGACUACUUCAAGUACCCCAGCUCCGUUUCUGCCAUCACAGACAUCAAGAGGCUCGAUCACGACUUGAAACACGCGCACGAGCUGCGGCAAGCCGCUUUCAAGCUCUACGCCUCGCUGGGCUCCAACGACGAGGACAUCCGGAAGAAGAUCACCGAGACGGAGAACAUGAUGGAUCGGAUCGUCAGCGGUCUGUCCGAGUCCAGCAUUAAGGUCCGCUUGGCGGCCGUCAGGUGUCUUCACAGCCUCUCGCGGUCAGUUCAGCAGCUCAGAACGAGCUUCCACGACCACGCCGUGUGGAAGCCCCUCAUGAAGCUGUUGCAGAACGCUCCGGAUGAAGUCCUGGUCAUGGCCUCCUCCACACUAUGCAACCUGCUGCUGGAGUUCUCUCCCAGCAAGGAGCCCAUCCUGGAGUCGGGGGUGAUUGAACUACUAUGCAGUCUGACCCAGAGCGACAGUCCUGCCCUGAGGGUCAACGGGAUCUGGGCCCUGAUGAACAUGGCGUUCCAGGCGGAUCAGAAGGUGAAGGUGGAGAUCGUUCGCUGUUUGGGAACAGAGCAGUUGUUCCGCCUGCUGUCGGACCCCGACACCAACGUGCUGAUGAAGACGCUCGGUUUGCUGCGCAACCUGCUGUCGACACGCCCGCACAUCGACCAGAUCAUGAGUUCCCACGGGAAGCAGAUCAUGCAGGCGGUGACGCUCAUCCUGGAGGCGGAGCACAGCAUCGAGGUCAAGGAGCAGACCCUGUGCAUCCUCGCCAACAUCGCCGACGGCAACACGGCCAAGGAGCUCCUCAUGACCAACGACGACAUGCUGCAGAAAGUCAAGUACUACAUGGGACAUUCGAAUGUGAAGCUGCAGCUCGCCGCCACUUUCUGCAUCUCCAACCUGAUCUGGAACGAGGAAGACGGUUCUCAGGAGCGCCAGGACAAGCUGAGGGAGAUGGGCUUCGUGGACGUGCUGCACAAACUGACACAGGCGUCGGACCCCAACCUCAGCGACAGGGCGAAGACGGCCAUGCAGCAGUACCUGGCGUGACGGCGCCUCCCUCUGGUGUGUUUUGGUCUUGAGGCUGGUUUUGUUGCACAGAGGCACCUUUGGUUUAGUUUUUUGGUUUUUUUGGACGUGUGACGGUCCUCCUCCUCCGGCCUCCGGCGCCGUCGCACGCCCACACCUCGGACUCUGGCGAGGGACUCAGCGGCCCGGAGCGUCCGGAGCGUCCCUCUUCGGUUUGACCUCCCGGAUGACGUGAAUCCUCUCAGACUUUGAUUUUUGGGUGUUGUUGGAGUGAAGCUGUUUUGGUGCUUUUUUUUUUUUUUUUUUUUUUUUUGGGACUCUGAAGCGGAGACGAAUCGUUUGGACAGCAAAGCUUCACAUGGUUUAUUUUUUUAAAUAAUAAUAUUAAUAAUAAUGUUUCCCUAAAGGCAUCAUGAGCAAAGGACACGUUUAGAAAUACACAAACUGCCUAUUUUGAAGAUUUUGGGUGUUUCUUUUUUUUUUUUUUUCUUUCUUUUUUUGUGGAUACUUACCUCGUAAAUAUAUAAAUAUAUAAAUAUCUAUAUAUGAAUAUAAACAAAUAUAUAUUUUUGGAUGUUUAUUUCCCCUGCUCACCAAACUGUUUUUCAUUCCGUCACUGAACUCGACGCGCAGCAGACGGUUUAAGAUCAGAUCUGAUUCAGACUAGAAGCAGUAAUCUGAUCAGAUUAGAUCUGAUUCAGACUAGAAGCAGUAAUCUGAUCAGAUUAGAUCUGAUUCAGAUUAGAAGCAGUAAUCUGAUUCAGAUUAGAACCAGAUUGAUCAUGAGUUUAUUCAGGUUUUAAUCUGAUCAGAUUAGAAGCAGAGUGAUCAGAUUUGAGUUGGAUUGAAACUAAAUUCAGGCUGAGACUUGACUGAAAUCUGAAUGAAAUACACUCUUGGACCUGAUCCGGGUCCGAGUUUGGACCUGGUCAGGGUCUGGACCUGAUCCGGGUCUGGUCUUGGACCCGAUGUACCCACCAGCGGAACCCGCUCGCGGCUGGACCCGGAUGGAGGUGGACCUCGGACCUGGAGCCGGUCCCGUCCCGCCGUAUCGUCAGAGCGCCGCCGCUCGCUCACCGGUCCUCACGCCUUCGCCGCCGUCUUUCCCCGACGGUCCUCCGGACUCCAGACCGGAGGGACGGUUUCAAACCCAGUGACGAGGAGGAGGAGGAGUGGAGCUUCAUCGCUCUGUGAAAUCAUUUCUCCAGUGUUGCUCCCUGACAUUUCAAACCCUCAUCCAGGUUCUGGCAGAACAGAUGUUUCCACUGAAAUAUACGCAGACCUGAAGAAGAGCCGCCUUUGUUUGAGUCGUUCUUUCAAACCU